AUGUCAAUAUUCACCUUAGAUGAAGAUUUGAGUAGGUUGACGGUGAAUGGGAGUUGUGCAUUGGUGGACGAAGAAGAUGUGGAUGAUUGCGAUGUGACCUCCUAUGAUGGAACGGAAUGGCAUAAGAAUCUGUUGAGCAGUGUUGAGCCACAGGCGAUAAGACCACAAAUUACAAUGGAGGCUACGACAGGAACGAACCUUUCACCAAGACCAAAUGAAAAACCUACGGGGCGACGCAGAUCAUCGUUAUAUGACAAAAUGUCUGUUCAAACUCCCCCAAAUGCCAAACGAGUCGUCUUGGCGACAGAAGAGUGUGAGAAUGGAAAAGAGUCUCGUAGUUCGAGUUAUUGUAGACCGAGUUCUCUGAAAAAGCACGGACCUCGUUGCUUGGACGAUUUCAAGCCCGUUCGAGUUCUCGGACGUGGAGCUUACGGGAAAGUUUUACUGGUGAAAGACCAGUUCACUAGUCGCUUAUACGCUAUGAAACAAUUGAAAAAGGCUGAAAUCUUAAUUUCAGACUGCGAUGACGUAGGGGAUUCCAAACCGACAGAUAACGUCGACAAGCGCCUGGAAAGAACAUUUGCCGAAAGAACAAUUUUAUCGAAACUCGAUCAUCCUAAUAUUGUCAAGCUUUUUUAUUCGUUUCAUGACCAUCAUAAACUGUACUUGGUUCUAGAGUUUAUUCCCGGUGGUGAAUUAUUCUAUCAUCUAAAAGAGCAAGGGACGCUCGGUGAAGAUACGGUUGCCUUUUACGCGGCAGAGAUCAGUUCCGCACUUCGAUUUUUGCAUCAGACGGGCAUAGUAUACCGGGAUCUGAAACCGGAAAACUGUCUGUUGAACGAAAAUGGCCAUCUUGUGCUCACGGAUUUUGGAUUAAGCAAAAAUGGGCAUUCUGGGUCUGCAGAUGGAGAUGAUCACACUGGUGAGGAUGUCAGUACUUUACACUCCAUCAUUGGAACACCUGAGUAUUGUGCACCAGAGAUUCUAGAGGGCAAACCUUACACUCAAAGCUGCGAUUGGUAUUCUCUCGGGUGUCUCAUAUAUGACAUGCUUAUUGGCAAGCCGCCGUACACGGGCGCCAAUCAUAAAGUGAUUCUGGGUAAAAUUCUGAGGGAUAAAACGCCCAAGAUUCCGUCCUACCUGAGUGACGGCAUGAAAGAUUUUUUAGCGGCGCUUUUGAAGAAGGAUGUGAGCAAACGUUGGGAUGUGGAUAAAUAUUGGGAUACAGAUGGACCCAAACCCCGUAAGAAGAAAGCUGGGCAGGCGAAAACAACCAGUUUCAAAUCACAUUUCGUUUUCAGAAAAAUCAACUGGGAUGAACGUCAACUUUCUCAGGCGCAAAAGCUUCUUUGCGGACCCAUCGUGCCCGUGAUAACAAAUUGGGAACUAGCCGAAAAUUUUGACACAGAAUUCACCGACAUGCCUCUCGGAAGCUUGGAAGACACGGCAACUGGAAUUGAUAUACGGAACCCCAACAUGACUCACAAGGACGUAUUCAAGGGCUUUAGCUACGUGGCUAGCUCCAGCUAUUUGGAUCGCUAUUUUUGA